AGUGUAUGACUGUAAUGUUUAUUAUAAAAGUUGGCAAGCUUCAAGUAAUUCAGUAUCCCUUAACUUCACCAUCUUCGCCGCCGUCAAACCAUCGUCAUUCGUCAAUCAACGACAAUGGCGACAUAUCCCUGUAACUUACUACCACUUCCUUACCUCAGUACGAGAACCACCACCAAAACAAGUGCUACUGUUUCCUUCUCCGUCACCGCCAUGUCAAGAUCGGUCUCUGCUACAUCUACCGCCGGUGUUGUCGCUGCCCCACCGCAGCCACUGCUACAGUUCUCUUUUGAUUCACUGCAGUAUGAACAGGGCAAGGUUGGAGCUGUGCCCGAUGGUUGUGUCUCAGACUCGCCGCCGGUUGGUGCAAUGGAGUACCUGACAAACAUACUGACGUCGAAGGUUUAUGAGGUGGCGGUGGAGUCGCCACUGCAACACGCCGGGAAGCUGUCGGAAAAGCUGGGUGUUGAUGUAUGGUUGAAGAGAGAGGAUACUCAGCCGGUUUUCUCCUUCAAACUUCGUGGAGCAUAUAACAUGAUGGCAAAGCUUUCAAAGAAACAACUCGCAGAAGGGGUCAUCUGUUCUUCAGCUGGUAAUCAUGCUCAAGGUGUUGCAUUAGCAGCCAAGAAACUGGGCUGCGAUGCAGUUAUCGUUAUGCCAGUUACCACGCCACAUAUCAAGUGGCAUUCUGUUAAGAGACUUGGCGCAACAGUCGUUCUUGAAGGCGACUCAUAUGAUGAAGCUCAAGCGUACGCUAAGAAAAGGGCGAUAAAGGAAAAUCGGACCUUCAUUCCUCCUUUCGAUCACCCAGAUGUAAUCUCCGGUCAGGGAACUGUGGGAAUGGAGAUCGUGCGCCAGCUGCAAGGCCCAAUCCACGCCAUAUUUGUGCCGGUGGGUGGUGGCGGUUUGAUCGCCGGUAUUGCUGCCUACGUAAAGAGGGUUUCCCCUGAGGUCCGGAUCAUCGGAGUUGAACCCGCUGAUGCAAACUCAAUGGCGUUGUCAUUGCACCAUGGUCAACGGGUCAUGCUUGAUCAAGUCGGUGGCUUUGCAGAUGGUGUUGCUGUCAAGGAGGUUGGAGUUGAGACGUUUCGUUUAUGCCGGGAACUGAUCGACGGAGUUGUUCUUGUCAGCCGUGAUGCCAUCUGCGCAUCCAUAAAAGACAUGUUCGAGGAAAAAAGGAGCAUUCUUGAACCAGCUGGUGCUCUUGCUCUUGCUGGAGCAGAAGCUUAUUGCAGAUUCUAUAACCUUAAGGAUGUUAAUGUUGUAGCCAUAACCAGUGGAGCUAACAUGAACUUCGAUAGAUUGAGAUUGGUAACUGAGCUUGCAAAUGUUGGUAGGCAACGAGAGGCUGUGCUUACUACUUUCAUGCCAGAAGAGCCUGGAAGCAUUAAAAAGUUCUACAAUCUUGUUGGAGCGAUAAGUAUCACCGAGUUCAAGUAUAGAUAUGAUCCUAACAAAAAACGAGCUUUAAUUUUAUACAGUGUUGGCGUUCAUACAAAGAGCGAACUUCAAGCCAUGAUUGAGAGGAUGAAGUCUUUUCAACUAGAUACGAUAGAAUUCACGCACAACGACAUGGUUAAAGACCAUUUGCGACAUCUGAUGGGUGGUCGAUCAAACGUUGAAAAUGAGCUUCUUUGUCGAUUCACUUUUCCUGAGAAGCCUGCAGCUUUAGUGAAAUUCUUGGACGUUAUUAGUCCACGUUGGAAUAUUAGCUUGUUACAUUAUCGUGCACAGGGAGAAGCGGGUGCAAAUGUACUGGUCGGGAUUCAAGUUCCGACAACUGAAUUAAAUGAGUUUCGUAGUUGUGCCAACGAUCUUGGAUAUGACUACGAAAUAGAAAGCGAUAACGAAGGAUUCCAGCUUCUAAUGCGUUGAUGACUCUGGGUGACAAGAAGCACUGCAGGUGAUUUUGUUUAAGCUGUGGAGGUAGCAUGUUCGAGCUAUAUGUUUCUUCAUAAAAGUCC